AUGCAAAACAAGGAACACGGGCAUCGUCUUACCGCGGCCUUUACAUACCGCGAUGCAAUUGGAGCAUUGAGGGACGGUGCUCCCAUCACCAAAGUUGCGGAGAAGCUCGUUGCUCAGAUGCAUGAUUCUGAGCGUCUGUCAUUGUUAGACGGCGACGAGGAGUUCUGGGAAGGCUUCCGAAACUUAUUCUAUGAUCGGUUCAACCGGGUUCCAUACGUAUUCGGAGCGAUUCCUCGGCUUGCGAUAACAGGUAUUCAUUUCUCUGACGGACCGCGCGGUGUUGUCAUGGGCGCGUCAACGGCCUUCCCUGUCACUAUGGCACGUGGUGCAACCUGGGACACCUCCCUCGAACAACGAGUAGGCCAUGCUAUUGGCCUAGAAGCCAAAGCCCAGGGCGCAACCUUUUACUCUGGAGUGUGUAUCAAUCUCCCACGGCAUCCAGCUUGGGGCCGGAGUCAAGAAGUGUACAGUGAGGAUCCUAUACUUCUAGGAGAGUUUGGCCUGGCUCUGACCCAGGGGGUGCAGCGACAUAUUAUGGCCUGCGUCAAGCAUUUUGCUCUGAAUUCUAUGGAGAACGCUCGGUUCAAGGUUGAUAUCAAGGUGGAUGAUGACGUUCUCCACGAAGUUUACCUACCACACUUUCGGCGAGUGGUUGAAGGAGGAGUCGCCUCAGUUAUGUCCUCGUACAAUUCAGUUAACGGCGAAUGGGCUGGCCAGAACAGAGCGCUUCUCACCGGGAUAUUACGACAAACAUGGGGGUUUGAUGGCUUCGUGAUUUCAGACUUCAUUUGGGGCUUGCGGGACGCAACCCUCUCAGUGAAAGCCGGCUUGGACAUCGAAACACCAUUCAAGCAGCAGCGACACCUAAACAUCAAAAGAGCACUGGAGUCUGGAGAUUUGGAAUGGGCACCCGUGAACCAGAUAUGCACUAGAAUUUUACGCAAGCAGCUCCAGUUCGCCGAAACACUCGAAAACGGCAAGCCGGACUUGUCUGUGGUCUUCUCGGAGGAACAUCGAGCACUAGCAAGAUAUGUAGCCGCACGCUCAGCCGUCCUCCUCAAAAACGAGCCAGUGGAUGGCCAUCCUUUGUUACCGAUCGAUCCGAGCAAGAUAGCAACUAUAGCUGUGGUGGGCCGCUUAGCAAACAUUGCAAACACAGGCGACCGGGGCUCUUCCCAUGUCUGGUCACCACAUGUGGCCACGGUUUACGACGGGGUCAUAUCUGCGUUCCCUCAUGCUCAAGUCAUUCUUGAAGAUACAGGCGCAGUGGAGAAGGCGAAACAAGCCGCCACCAAUGCUGAUGUGACGAUUUGUGUUGUCGGCUACACUCAUGAAGACGAAGGUGAAUAUGCAGCUCCUACGCUGAUGAAAGAUCCAGCUCUGCGUGCAACAUUUCCCCCAGCGGUGACAGAGAAAGAAAAGGAAGUCCUCAGCUUCCUCGAUAACGUAGGACCGAGAGAAAAGGACAAAUCCGAAGACGCUUGGAAGACCGGCGGCGGGGGUGACAGGCAGAGUCUCCGGCUUCAUGUUGAUGACAUUCAAAUGAUAAGUGCUGUCACGCAAACCAAUCCACGUACAAUCGUCGCCAUUGUCUGCGGGGGCGCUGUGAUUAUGGAAGAAUGGAAAGAUCAAGUCCCAGCCUUACUUGUGAGCUGGUAUGCCGGCUGCCAAGGGGGCCAUGGCUUGCUGGACAUUCUCACCGGUCGAGUUCCCGCCAGUGGCAGAUUGCCGUUCUCAAUCCCCAAAGACGAGUCACAUCUACCGUACUUUGAUGCUGAUGCUACAGAGAUAAAGUACGAUCGCUGGUUCGGUCAAGCUCUCCUGGACAAGCUCGGCGUUCGAGCCGCGUAUCCCCUUGGCUUCGGGUUGUCAUAUACCACUUUCUCAGUCUCCAACAUGCGUUUGGAUGAAUUUGACGCAGCCUCUGGUAGGGACUUCUUUAAUGUGCAUGCAACGAUCAGGAACACUGGAGAACGCCCGGGAAGAUAUGUCGCCCAAGUCUAUGGAUGCCCAAACUUGCCCGAUUUUCCAUCACGACUGCUUCUCGGAUUCCGGCCCGUGGACCUGGGUGUUGGAGAAGUGGCCGACGUCAGCGUCGUUGCGUCAGUCAGACCACUCCAACAGUGGCGCGACGGCCAUUUCCAUUUACGGUGCGGCGAGGUAGAGAUCGAGUUCGCAUCUUUUGCUGGCGAUCCACAUGCAUUGCGAAGCACCUGCUACUUGUAUGGUUGCGUUCGACAAGGUCCAAAUCUAUAA